GGUGGUAAUACUACUCCUCACGUGACUGUGGUAGCAGGCGUUGUUUUGUUACUGUGAGUCAGCUGGUUGUGACUCGGUUGCGGGGACACGCACGCUCGGGCACGGCCAAUGACCGGUGACCGUUCUCAUCUAGGCCCCUCCCACUUCUCCCGGGGGCGGGGCCGCCGCUGCUCCCUGACUCAUUCUCUGGGAGGACCUUCCCCGGCAGACCGGCCCCUGUCAUGGCGCCGUGCGGUAUGGUAAUGCCGGGCUUCCCGGGCACGGGUCCCUGGCUGGCAGUGCCCUUCCUGGUUCUUAUCACGACAGGCCUAUGCUGGGCAGAAGACAGCGCCUUGGAGGAAAUCGUGACAGAGAAGGAGGUGGAGGCCAUACACCGGCUGGACAGCACCAACCUGCUGAUCUUCAUCCUGCUCCUCACCCUCACCAUCCUCACCAUCUGGCUCUUCAAGCAUCGCAGGUUCCGUUUCCUCCAUGAGACUGGCCUGGCCAUGAUCUACGGUGUUAUCGUCGGUGUGGUGUUGCGAUACGGAGUGCACAUACCGAGUGAUGUAAACAACAUAACCAUAAGCUGCGAACAACAGGUGACUCCGGCCACGCUGCUGGUGAACGUCAGUGGCUCGGUCUACGAGUACACCCUUAAAGGGGAAAUCAGCGCCCAGGAGGUCAACAAUGUGCAAGACAAUGAAAUGCUCAGGAAGGUUACAUUUGACCCUGAAAUUUUCUUCAAUAUUCUUCUUCCUCCAAUUAUAUUUUACGCAGGAUACAGCUUGAAAAGAAGGCAUUUCUUCAGAAAUUUGGGCUCAAUUCUUGCUUAUGCCUUUCUAGGAACAGUGGUUUCCUGUUUUAUGAUUGGGUCUCUGAUGUAUGGAUGUGUCAAGCUAAUGAAAGUGACAGGAACAUUAGACGGGGACUUUUUCUUCACAGACUGCCUAUUUUUUGGAGCCUUCAUUUCUGCAACUGAUCCAGUGACUGUUCUGGCAAUAUUUCAUGAGUUGCAAGUUGAUGUCGAACUGUAUGCUCUUCUCUUUGGUGAAAGUGUCCUAAAUGAUGCCGUGGCCAUAGUCCUUUCAUCAUCAAUUGUUGCCUAUCAGCCAGCCGGAGACAACAGCCAUACGUUUGAUAUUGCUGCUAUGUUUAAAUCAGUGGGAAUGUUUUUGGGUGUUUUCAGUGGAUCAUUUGCUAUGGGUGCAGCCACUGGAGUGCUCACUGCAUUAGUCACAAAAUUCACCAAGCUGCGGGAGUUCCCUCUGCUGGAGACUGGCUUGUUUUUUCUGAUGUCGUGGAGCACAUUUCUUCUUGCUGAAGCAUGCGGUUACACAGGGGUUGUGGCAGUGCUGUUUUGUGGCAUCACUCAGGCGCAUUACACCUACAACAAUCUCUCCAUAGAGUCCCAAGUUCGUACAAAGCAGCUGUUUGAGCUUUUGAAUUUUUUGGCAGAAAACUUCAUUUUCUCCUACAUGGGUCUUACACUCUUCACGUUCCAGAAUCAUGCCUUCAAUCCCACAUUUAUAGUGGGAACUUUUAUUGCAGUCUUCCUUGGAAGAGCAGCUAAUAUUUAUCCCCUUUCAUUCUUGCUUAACCUGGGACGAAGAAACAAGAUCAGCCCCAAUUUUCAACACAUGAUGAUGUUUGCAGGUUUACGGGGAGCAAUGGCCUUUGCCCUGGCCAUUCGAGACACGGCCACCUAUGCUAGACAGAUGAUGUUCUCUACCACACUUCUUAUAGUGUUUUUCACUGUGUGGGUGUUUGGAGGAGGCACAACACCAAUGUUAUCAUGUUUACACAUCAGAGUGGGUGUGGACACAGACCUCGACCAAUCGGGAGUUCCAGAGCAUGAACGGAGGAGUACCAAAGCAGAGAGUGCCUGGGUUUUUAGACUCUGGUACAACUUUGAUCACAACUAUCUGAAACCUUUGCUUACACAUAGUGGACCUCCGCUCACCAGUACGCUUCCCAGUUGUUGCGGCCCACUUGCAAGAUGCUUGACAAGUCCUCAAGCCUAUGAGAACCAGGAGCAGCUAAAGGAUGAUGAUUCCGAUCUGAUACUAAAUGACGGUGACAUCAGCUUAACCUACGGUGACACGACUGUCAGUACAGAACCUGUAUUAUCCAGGAGGGGAAUAGGAAACAACUUGGAGGACGCCAUUGAUCAGGAGCUGGCCUGCGGGGACCACGAGUUUGUUUUAAGAGGAACCCGUCUGGUCAUGGAUGAAUGUGAGGCUCCGGGAAACCUACAAGUCACCAGGAAGCCAAGCCCCAUGUAGUUUCUAGUUUUAUGGGGAAAAGGAGUUGUGUAUUUUGCCAAUAACAUUUUUCUGUGUUUUCUAAUCAUGACGAUGUUGUACUACCUACUGCAUGGCUCCCAUUGUCUGAGCUGUACGUAUAUGGCAUCAGAAGGAACUGUUCUUCUUCCUGUUGUUUGUGGAGAUCAAGUCCCAUUUGUUUUCUGUUGGAAAAGCUUAUUUGAGUGCACUUUAGGUGAAACCAUCCAACAAAGCCUGGUGGUUCACACUGCUCUAUGGUGGUAUUACUUGAAAUAUUAAUGGGGGGGAUUGGAUCAUUUUUUUUUUUUUUCUUUUUUGUACGAUCACUGUUGGACUGCCAAUUCUAAGAAUAUGUUGUAUAAUAUAAUCCGUUGUCCUGCUGGCAGCAUUUGGUGAUCCAUCUCUAAUAAUUCGAGCCAAAUUCUGUUUUUAACCCCCUUUUCUCUUCUCUUUUUAGUGGCCAAAACACAUAAAAAUCAUCCCUUGGUUCCUUCCGUAAGAAAUUUUCACCCAGAACUAUCUCGGUGUUGAUCUUUUCAUUUUCCUCUUAAGUUUUUGUUUUGUUCCAUUGUAGUUAAAGCAGCACAUUUUUAGCGUUUCCAGCCAAAACCUGUUUUAAAGAAAAGAGACUUUCCAAGCCAAAGUUUAUUUUUAAGUGCACAUUCCACAGGAGAUUGUUGGAACCCAGCACAACCAUUGUGAAACUCCAUCUUUUUGUUUAAGGUUUAUAGAAAGUCCUGUUAAAGAAACUGCAGCCUUUUAAAGGGGUACUCCGGUGGAAAACUUUUUUUUUUUUUCUCUUUAAAUCAACU